GGGAUGUAAACGGGCGCGCAUGGCCCCUCCCAUUCACCUGAUAGGGGAGUAUUUACAGCUCUCAGCCACUUCACUGUUUGCAGGAGCGCUACUCCUCACUAGGCUAUGACACUCAGCUGGACCAUGCAAUAGGACCUUUUUACAUUGAUCCUUCGCAACUGAGUACAACUAAUCGUUGUACUCUCCGAAAAAGUUUAAAACUUUUAUAAAGUUUUUUCAAGAUGCCACGCUCCUUUUUGGUCAAGAAGCAUACAAACUUCGCCAAGAAACCUAAUUAUAGUGAACUGGAAAGCCCGACAGUAUUUAUUUCACCGUACAUCUACAGGGCGAUCCCCUUGCCUCUCAUCCCCCAAGCGGAGAUCCUCAGCCCGGGAGCGUACAGCCCGAUCACCGUAUGGACUACCAACAACCUGCCCCUCUCGCCGCUUCCCAGUGACCUCUCCCCGAUCUCUGGAUACCCUUCGUCGCUUUCUGACACCUCUUCGAAAGACCACAGCGGCUCGGAAAGCCCACGGAGCGACGAGGACGACUCGAUUCUCACCAAGUUAACGGAUCCCCAUGGGGUGGAGACGGAGAAGUUCCAGUGCGGCUUGUGCAGCAAGUCGUACUCGACCUACUCUGGACUGCUCAAGCAUAAACAGCUGCACUGCGACGCUCAGUCGAGGAAAUCCUUCAGCUGCAAAUAUUGCGAAAAGGAGUACGUUAGCCUUGGAGCUCUUAAAAUGCACAUCAGGACUCACACGUUGCCGUGCGUGUGUAAAAUAUGUGGCAAAGCUUUCUCAAGACCGUGGUUGCUGCAAGGACACAUCAGAACACACACGGGUGAGAAGCCGUUCUCCUGCCCGCAUUGCAACAGGGCCUUCGCCGACCGCUCCAAUCUCAGGGCUCACCUACAGACCCACUCAGAUGUGAAGAAGUACCAGUGCAAGAACUGUUCCAAGACUUUCUCCAGAAUGUCCCUUCUGCAUAAGCACGAGGAAUCCGGCUGUUGUGUAGCGCACUGAACCAGGAAUACAGCCGUUCCGGACCCUUCCUCGUCUCCUCCUCCCUUCUCCUCCUACGUUCAACCCACCCGGAAAAAACCCACCUUUUGGAUUUGGAUAGCUGUCAGGGAAUCACUUCGCCACACAGACUCCUCCUCCUCGUUAUUUUUUUGCUUCCUCGCCGGGCCAUGUUUGAUGUGGGAGCUGGGGAUGGGUGCGGUGUCAUGUGUUUGGGGGUUCAAACGGUGUUUCUGGACGGCUCGUAAUCAGGGUUGAACUCUUCUCCGUGCCUCCGUGUCUGUCCACCCACCCCGUCAUCCCUGCACUUUUUGCAUGUUGGGUUUCCGAAUGUGCCAAAAGGCUUUACAGCCACGGUUUUGCUUUGUAUCUCCCUAUACUCAUGCCUUUCAGAGGCUCAGACGUUGUUGUUAUUAUGGGAUGGGAUGCAUUGUUUUUGUAGACCCCCCCCCCCCCCCCUCCCCGUGCAGCCUAAAGAUGGCUAUAACAAAAUAUACAGCGUGGAAUAUUGAAGCCAUACGCAAGGGAACAAGUGCAAAGUCUUUAUUUUGUAAGGGUAAAAGAGUUAUAUCUUUUGCACAAUUGUGAAUCAGAUACUUUUUUCCAGCACUCAGAAUAGCAAUACAUAUGUUUCUCAAAGUGCCUCCAUUUUUUUCUACUUGGCAAUCAUGUAUGUUUCAACAAGUUUGCUUUUUAUAUUUUUAUAUAUUGAAUGUAAGCAUGACUGAGAUGAUUGUAUAUUCACAGUGGGGAACUGUGACGCCAGAAUGAAUGAUUUUGAUAUCUUUUCAUGAUGCUUUGUGAAUAAUAAAGUUUCAUGCCAUUUUGUACAUCUUUGAUUUGAUUUCCCCCCACUUGUCACGCUUUCGUACGGCCAAUCGUAAAAUUGUCAAGCGAAAAUAAUUACAGUCGUGACAUUUUCCAAUCACGGAGGCGCAUUAAAUCAGAACAGUCACCGCGAUGAGGAAUUGAAGGGUGAGAUGAAAUGAGAGAUUAGUCAAGACUGGACCUGUUCAUUGUGAACCUGUCCAGACAUCAAACAAGCCUGAAAUUUAACACACACUAGCUAUAUUGAUCGACACCCACACGCUGUCUGCACAUACGGCCCUGGGCUCCAUUUUACUUGAAAGAGUAAGAACUGAAAAGACCUUACCCAAAGAUUCUCGCUAAUAAUCGUAGCGAGGAUAACCCUUAGCUAGCGUAUGGCUGAAAUACGUUUAAAUCUUUCAUUCCAGCCACAAUGAACUGCUUGUUGAUGUCUUAAAGCACACAUUGAAGCAAAAGACACAACAGGCCUUUUGAUUCCUUUAGGGAAACGGUGUAAUACUGAAAG